GCUUCCCGCACCUGACGGUAUAAAACAAGCUGUCCUUGGCUAACAGUGGGCUGCAAAGUAGCCGCUUCACUGGGUGCACUGACGAACAAUCGUAGACUAAUUAUAUCCAGGGGGACAGCUGGCUCGAUUUUCUUUUUCAACAUAAUAACAUUAUCAUGGUGCUUCGGUUUUUAUUAUUACUUUUUAUUUUCAGCCGCACAUCUGCAUGGAAAUAUAUGGACGGCAGCACAAAGCAGCGUGCUGAUUUAUAUGAAGACAGUGCCAUUCGACCCGGUGACAGCGGGACAGAAAGCUUAUGACAAGCGAUCACUUCAGCGGAAAUACGCUCUUGUUUGGUCAUACUUAUUUAUGGAUUUAACCGAAGACGCCGAAGAGAACCUGCUGUACUAUUUGUACCAGAGUCUGCAGCAAGGAUGGUUAAGAGUUUCCGACGUAACUGCCCCCCCAGCCCACUGGAUUUCUUGCGGUCUCCCCUUCGCCGAGCAGGUCACAUGGAACCCAAAGUUCUGCAUAGUCACGGACUCUCAGCUGCUGUUGCUGGACAAAGGAAAGGCGCCUCCCUUCCUGCUGCAGGAGCACCGGCCUGGAAGCCGGGCCCGGCUCCUGCGUCGCACCAUCAGUGUGCCGGCGGAGAGCCACCUCCCCGAUUGCCAGAGCGAGCUCUCCACUGGGAGCGAGUCCCCCCCUGAGCGAGCGGGCCGUAGGCGCAGCAUGCCCGGCAGUGCUGGGGACAAGACCCCAACUAUGGAGCCUGCCGCAUCCACACCCUUCCGGGUCACGGGCUUCCUGAGCCGGCGGCUGAAGGGCUCCAUCAAGCGCACCAAGAGUCAGCCCAAGCUCGACCGCAACAGCAGCUUCCGGCACAUUCUUCCUGGAUUCAGGAGUGCGGACAAUGAGGGGUCCCAUCUGAUGCCGAAACUGAAGGAAUCUCGCUCCCACGAGUCUUUGCUCAGCCCCAGCAGUGCGGUGGAAGCUCUGGACCUCAGCAUGGAGGAGGAGGUGGUGAUUAAGCCCGUUCACAGCAGCAUCUUAGGCCAGGACUACUGCUUCGAGGUGACCACCUCAACGGGAAGUAAAUGUUUCUCCUGUCGCUCGUCAGCGGAGAGGGACAAGUGGAUGGAGAAUCUGCGGAGAGCCGUGCACCCAAACAAGGACAAUAGUUGGCGUAUUGAAAACAUGCUAAAACUGUGGGUCAUCGAGGCCAAGGACCUUCCGACCAAGAAGAAGUACUUUUGCGAGCUUUGCCUGGAUGAUGCACUGUACGCACGGACUACAUGCAAGCUCAAAACUGACAACGUCUUCUGGGGGGAGCACUUUGAGUUCAACAACCUGCCGGCCAUUAAAAACAUUACGGUGCACCUCUACAAGGAGACAGACAAGAAGAAGAAGAAGGACAAGAACAACUAUAUAGGGCUGGUAAACAUCCCUAUCCUGGCGGUGACAGGCCGGCAGUUUGUCGAGAAGUGGUACGCUGUAAGCACCCCGAACCCCAACAAGGGCAAGGCUCCCGGCCCUAUGAUCCGCAUCAAGGCUCGCUACCAGAGCAUGAGCAUUCUGCCCAUGGAGCUGUACAAGGAGUUCGCCGAGUACGUCACCAACAGCUACAUGCUGCUCUGCUCCGUGCUAGAGCCCGUGCUCAGCGUCAAGAGCAAGGAGGAGAUGGCAUGCGCCCUCGUGCACAUCCUACAGAGCACCGGCAAGGCCAAGGACUUCCUGACUGACCUGAUGAUGUCCGAGGUGGACCGUUGCGGUGAGAACGACCACCUCAUUUUUCGAGAGAACACUCUGGCUACCAAAGCCAUUGAAGAGUACCUCAAGCUGGUGGGUCAGAAGUACCUGCAAGACGCCCUCGGUGAGUUCAUUAAGGCGCUGUAUGAGUCGGAUGAAAACUGUGAGGUGGACUCUUCCAAGUGCUCCGCUGGAGAUCUUCCUGAACACCAGAGCAACCUGAAGAUGUGCUGUGAGCUGGCAUUCUGCAAGAUCAUCAACUCCUACUGCGUGUUCCCACGGGAGCUGAAGGAAGUGUUUGCAUCAUGGCGACUGGAGUGCGGUAACCGGGGGCGACCGGACAUCAGCGAGCGGCUCAUCAGCGCCUCGCUCUUCCUGCGCUUCCUGUGCCCGGCUGUCAUGUCCCCGUCACUCUUCAGCCUGAUGCAGGAGUACCCGGACGACCGCACGGCCCGCACGCUCACGCUCAUCGCCAAGGUUACACAGAACCUGGCCAACUUCACCAAGUUCGGCAGUAAAGAGGAGUACAUGUCCUUCAUGAACCAGUUCCUGGAGCACGAGUGGACAAACAUGCAGCGCUUCUUGCUGGAGAUCUCCAACCCCGAGACCAUCUCCAACACGGCCGGCUUUGAGGGCUACAUCGACCUGGGCCGCGAGCUCUCCAUGCUGCACUCUCUGCUGUCGGAGGUGCUGUCUCAGCUGGAUCAGGGCACAGUUUCCAAGCUGGGGCCCCUCCCACGGGUCCUUCGCGAUGUCAACACAGCUCUGACAAACCCUUCCAGCAUCCAGGCGUCUCGCCCCUGCGAGCGCUUGGCAUCACCACCGGGGGCAGCAUGCAGCAUCUCCACUGGCCUGCAGAAGAUGGUCAUCGACAGCGACUUGUCCGGGUUGGUGGACUUCACAAGGCUGCCGUCUCCGACACCGGAGAACAAGGACCUGUUUUUCGUGACGAGGAACUCUGGGGCGCAGCCGUCGCCCGCACGAAGCUCCAGCUAUUCAGAAGCCAAUGAGCCCGACAUGCAGAUGCCCAACGGCAGCAAGAGCCUGUCCAUGGUAGACCUGCAGGACAGCCGCAGCCUGGACAGCGGGGCCAACCUCUCUGUGGAGGCUCUCAACGACAGCCAGCCGGGGGGCGGGGUGUGGACCGCUCGGACCCCCCAGGCCAGCGUGGCGGCCGAGCCCACCAUGAGAAGAGGCGUCCAGAGCCCCACCACACCCAACUCGGAGAAUUUGCCGGGCCGGACACAACUCUUGGCGCCAUUGUCUUUCCAGAACCCGGUGUACCAGAUGGCGGCGGGCCUGCCCGUGUCACCUCGGGGUGUCGGGGACUCCGGGUCAGAGUGCCACAGCUCUGUCAGCUCGCACAGCAAUAACGAGGAUGCCACUGCCGGCAAGCAGGGCUUCCUGAACCAUAGCGGGGGUGGAGGCGGGGGCAGCAGCGGCGAGGACUACGCCCGACGUUCCGGAGAGUUCUCCCGGCGACAGCUGUCCCUGGAACAACCCGCGGUCCCGCGGCAGAACAGUUCUGGACCCCAGCGCCGGAUAGAUCAGCCACCACCCCAAGUUGCUAGGGGGCGCACUCCCCCCAACCUGCUCAACACCGCGCCCUACCCCCGGCCCUCUAGUGGCAGCAUGAUGUCAUCAUCCCCGGACUGGCCUGGCAGUGGGGCAAGGCUCCGGCAGCAGUCAUCGUCCUCCAAGGGGGACAGUCCUGAAACGAAGCAGCACACACAGCACAAGCAGGCCCCCUCCCCGGUGAACCCUAAUGCCCUGGACCGAACGGCGGCCUGGCUGUUGAAUAUGAACGCGCAGUAUUUAGAGCACGAAGGGCUGGAGACAGAUCCCAAACACAGGGAGGACCCCCGAAGCAAGGAGGAGCUCACCCAGACUGAGAAGUACCAGCAGGAGAUCGCCAUUCUGCAGGAGAAGCUGCGCUUGUCCCUGCAGAAGCUGGAGGAGUACGAGUCACGGCUGAAGGACCAGGAUGAGCACACCCAGAAGAUGCUGAUGGAGUAUCAGACCCGGCUGGAGGAGUCUGAGGAGCGGCUACGGCGACAGCAGGAGGACAAGGAGCUGCAGAUGAAGGGCAUUAUCAGCAGGUUAAUGUCUGUCGAGGAGGAGCUGAAGAAAGAUCAUUCAGACAUGCAGGCUGUGGUGGACUCCAAGCAAAAGAUAAUAGAAGCUCAGGAGAAGCGCAUCGCCUCCCUGGACGCGGCCAACGCGCGGCUGAUGAGCGCACUGACACAGCUGAAGGAGCGGUACACCAUGCAGACACGCAACGGCAUCUCCCCCACCAACCCCACCAAGCUGCAAAUCACCGAGAACGGGGAGUUCCGAAACAGCAGCAACUGCUAGCGUGUGGGCGGAGCCUCGGCAGGGGGCGGGGCCUCCCGAGCCGGGGCAGAAAGUCUGCCAGAGCGAUGGGUGAGAAGACACCUGCUGUCACAUGGGAUGGACGGCAAAUGGAUGAACAAACGGUCGGGCAGGGGGGCACAGGAAGGACAGAUGUGUAAUGAGGAACAAGCGUGUUGAUAAACUAUUAGUGCCAUUAGCUGGCAGGGCCAGAGAGUCCAUUAACUUUCUAUUUAAGUACUAAAAUAUAAUGCUCCAUUUCUGGACUCCUGUGACACAAUCUGUCAUUUGUCACUGCCCCUGAGGGCAGCUAGACUGCAGGUGGACUAACAAGCAAUCCGGAAUCAACAUGCCCCUAUAAUAGCGAGUGACUGAGGUAGCGGGAAACUUACCGCGAUUUUCCACAAUUCUGUUGAUAAGUAAAGGUUGCCCAGGAGAACUCUGGCCAGAAAAGAACUGCAGAUUACACAGGGGAGUUGCAACACAUGCAUUUAAAUGUUAUAUAUACAGGGUGUCCAUAAAGUCUCUUUAAAAUUUCAAAAAUUUAUUACAAAGGCAAAUGAAAAGACAGAUAUGUGGAAAUUAUUACAAAAUGAGAUGUAUAUAUUUCAGUUUUUUUGCCUCAUUUAAUACACCUCUAUAUGGCCACUAUUAGUUGCACGAAGCACAUCAAGAUGGUACUCGAUUUCUUGCCAUGUUCGCUGGUUCAAUGGUGGCAAUGGCAUCAGUGAUCCUCUGCUUUAGAUUAGUGGUGUCCUGUACCUUUGUUUGCAAUGUGAUUAAAAACUUUGAGUACAUUGAACAAAUCUGAUGAAGAUAUCUCAUCAAUUGCCUUUGUAAUACAUUUUUUAAAUUGUAAAGAGACUUUAUGGACACCCUGUAUAUAUAUUUUUUUUCUUUCUCUUUUUUCCCUAAUUAGGUGUGUACACCUCAGAUUGGGGUAACCUUUUGUGAACAUAAAGACAGAAAUCUGUAUCGCCCUAUGAGACAGUCUUGAGUUACAGAAUGAGAGCUGGCUGUGCUAUCAUGCUUUGUGUUAGUUCGGAUAAUGACCACACAGCACAUGCUACACAUCACCUUAGACUGACAGCACUUUCCAAAUGUUCAUCUUCUUUUUUUUCUACAUCUUUUUGUUUUUCGAACUGGCGCAGCACAUGACGCAGCGGUGAUCCAGCUUGUAAAACUGGAUGGCAUUUACCUCAUUCAGGUUGCCAGUCUUUAUGCUUCUCUGCGCUGGAAUAAAAGUCCUGAUCGAACACUGCAGUACUUGGUAUAAAAUUAAAUGAAAAUAAGAAAGAGACUUGGGGGGGCAGCAACGUGGAUGAUGACGUCACCGUACAUUAAUGCUUCAUUACAUCACACUUAGGCAGCUGCAUAAGAUCAAGCUGGGACCGAGCUGAAAGUGAGCAAGAGGGACGUCUGCAAUGAACUGAACGAUGCCUAAGAAAGGGUUACAUGUGAGACUGAACGAUAGCUAAGAAAGAGUUACAUGUGAGACUGAACGAUGCCUAAGAAAGGGUUACAUGUGAGACUGAACGAUAGCUAAGAAAGGGUUACAUGUGAGACUGAACGAUGCCUAAGAAAGGGUUACAUGUGAGACUGAACGAUAGCUAAGAA